GUGAAUCUGAAGAAGUCAAACUGUCAAACCUUAAGAAAUUAAUCUAUUUGGAAUGUGUUAUCAAGGAAGUGCAACGUCUUUACCCAUCAGUACCACUUAUUGGGCGAUUGGCUGCUGAGGAUUUCAAUAUUGGUCCUUAUGGAAUAAAAAAAGGUUCCCAUGUAUUUGUAGGCAUAGGUGCUUUACAUAGAGAUCCAAAAGUCUUCCCAGACCCGAACACGUUCGAUCCUGAUAGAUUUCUUACAGAAGAUAAUGACAGACAUCCGUAUGCCUUCAUACCAUUCUCAGCAGGGCCUCGUAACUGCAUAG